AUGGGAGAUUUGGACGAUUUUGAAGAUUUAGCUCCAUGGUUGAUUGGGACGAUUUUCGUUAUUGUCUUCAUCGGCAUUAUCUAUGCGAUCCGGCAGUACUAUCGCAAUAAAGCGAAGAGAGCGAUUCAGAUGAGUCAAGCGGUAAAUGCAGUAGCGCCUGUUCAAAAUCAUCAGACAAAUGUUUCUCGAGAAACCGCGGUAUCCGUUGUUAUUCCAGAUGCUCCUCCAGCUUACGAUGAUUUGGUGAAAGAAGAUCAAAAUGCGCGAAAAUCCGAUGAAGAAAUCAACUGUUAA